UUUAGCGGACUUGAUUAUGCGCUCGGUUAGCAGAUGGAUCCAGAAAGUCCUCCGCAGUCUGGUUCUGUGGACAGAGCGGAGCUGGACCGACACUGUCAGCCACCGGAAGACGACUUAAAGACGGAUCAGAAGCCGAGAAAAGAAGGUUUACCUCCAGGUGUCCGAAAAGUGAUCGUUGGUGAAAAAGAGGAGCAGGAGUGGAGCUCCAGUGUGGACCGGGAGGACCCAGACGUUAAAGGUGAACAGGAGGAGGUCGUCAUCACCCAGCUCACUUCCAGCCCUGCCCUUGUGAAGAGUGAGGAGAAACCUAAAUACUUACAGCUUCAUCAAAGCCAGACUGAGGAGGUCAGUGACUCUGUGGGAGGACCAGAGCCUGAUCCAGAUCUACAGCCUGACAGGAAAACUUCAGGCUCUUCAGACACAGACAUCAGUGAUUCUGAUGAGUGUGAGCAGAGCCGUGAACCUGCAGCGCCUCGGGCAUCAGGUGAUGCUGAUGAGAAACCAUUCAGCUGCUCUGUCUGUGGGAGAAACUUUGGUCACAGCAGAAAUCUGAGCAGACACCUGAGAACCCACACAGGAGAGAAACCUGUCAGCUGCUCUCAGUGUGGAAAAAAAUUUGUGGACAGUGGAAACCUGCAGAGACACAUGGGGAUUCACACGGAAAAGAAACCGUUCAGCUGCUCUGAGUGUGGACAAAGCUUUAAAGACAAGACAACGCUAAUAAACCACCGGAGGACUCACACGGGGGAGAAACCAUUCAGCUGCAAGUUCUGCAGUAAAACGUUCACACACAGCGGGAAUCUGAAACAACACCUGUGCAUCCACACGGGAGAAAAACCCUACAGCUGCUCCAGGUGCAGCAAAACAUUCGGCCGCAACGCCGACCUCAAUUCUCACAUGUUGAUCCACACGGGACAAAAAGCUUUUAGCUGCUCCGAGUGUGGGAGAAGAUUUACUCACAGCCGGAGUCUCAAACAGCAUCUGAAGAGUCACGCUGAAGAGAAAACCUUCAGCUCCUCGCUGUGUGGGGAAAGAUUUUAUAAUGUCACACAUGUGAAAAAGCACAUGACGACUCACGUGAGAAAGUCAUUUAUCACAGGAAAGAACAUCAGCUGCUCCACAGACUGAUGAAGCUCCGAAUCAACCAGGAGCUAAACAGGGUGUAGGUUUGGUCUCAUUUUAACACAGACACAAAACCGUCCACCAGCUACACCACUACCUCGUAUGACUGACUCGUUGCAUCCAUGUACCUGAGACACUUUAUCUAGGGUCCGGCUCCCUCACUUUUCUCCUAAAGAUGAAACUAAAUUGUUAUAUUUUUUCACAUCCUGAGAUAUAAUUUUUCCUCACAGUGAUGGUGAGGACAAAACUCCAUCUGAAACAGAAGUUCUCUGCGACAUGUUCAUGUUUUAAAUCAAUUUUCCCCACAUGGUGAGAAACCAGCUGAGGAAAAACUUUAUUAUUGGCGUCUCUGUACAAGUGAAGCUCGAGACUCUAGUGAUCAUAGUUAGCAGAAUGCUAAGCUAUUAGCCACAUACAGCAAAGAUAGUUUGUUGAUAGGUGUUAUGGUCGCUGACCGGGGGUCUCCCCAUGUGAGAGAGCUCUUUCUCCUCCUUCUGUGUUCCAGGUCUGUCUCACAAGCUGCAGCUGAGAUGCGGUGCAGCUCGUGAGCACUGCAUCAAGACUGCCGCCUCAAAAUGCCACGCCCCCUUUUCCUUUGCUUUUCUCUGGGAUGUGCUACAGUAGUUCGGGCAAAAAAGGUGUGCCUUUACAGAGAUAAUUGUGAACCACAGUGGAUUUUAGGCCUCAUUGGGUCGUUUGGUUGUGAAAUAGUUUUUUUACUGACGUUAACUUUGUGACAGUUAAUAGUUUUCUUUUCACUUUGUGUCACACCCCACCCCAGAUACAACCUUGCUUUUAAGUAGGGUGUAACAAUAGGCAUCAUGGGAAAAGGAAGCAGCUCACCUGUCCAGGAGAAGACGUUUGUCUCUCGAUCUUUCUUUUCAUGUUUUUUCUGCUGCUUUAUGUUAAUAAUUUAAUAAUAAUUUAAUAAUUUGUUUCUUACAUUGAAUAUUACACCACUCCUCUGAAACAUUAUACAGAACAAUUAUUUGCACUGCGUUCAUAAUUAAAUGAAGCUGUUAAAGACUAAAUGGAAGAUUCUGAUUUUUGUAAAUUAUUCAAGGGGCAAACAACAUGAAGCAACAUCUGUGGGUUUGAGCUAACGCCAUGACAUAAACCAGCUGAUAAAGUACCUGAAAGAAAGACAUACAAACCAAUCUGCAGCUUUUAAAAAACUGACAUUAAAAUAUUUUAAUUCUACAAGUAAAAAUCAGAAGCAGUCUUUUAUGACAAAAGUAUUUAUUUUAAUAUCAAAAAUGAAAAAAAAAAGGAACAAAUUCACAGUGAAUGACGAAACGUUCCUCUGCAUAAAUGAGGCCUAAUAGAUCGCAGCAAAGGUAACAUUCCAGGUCAUUUUAUUAACUCUGAAAAGAGCUUUUACCCCAAAAUAUCAUCGUUUCACCUGUGAGGCAAUCUGCUACUACAAAAAAAGAAAAAAAAGAAAAGAAAGAAAAACAAUUGAACUCCAAGCCUGCAUAAAGCAAACAAAAAAACAACCCAACAAAGGUUUUUAAAAAGUAUUUCUCAAUUUUUCGCAAUGCCCAGUGCACCGACACGAGAACAAAAACACAAAACAAACCUUGAAUAAAGUACAGAAUGUAUUUAUAAUUAAAGGUGUUCAGGAUCUCUAAAGGGACCCAAACGCAGAGUCACCAGACCUGCAGUGAUCUUUGUGUUCAUGUUUAGUUUUGGCUGAGGUGAGCUUUAGCAGCAGGAAGAAAGAACGUGGUUAUCACGCAGAGGCGCUCAGACUGUUAUUACUGUAUAGUAACAGUAAAGCCAGCGUGGAAGCACCUUGUAAUCUUUCUAACGGCCAGCAGGGAGCGAUUACUUGCAAAGAUGUCAGUCUAUAGAAAUCUGCAUCGACCUAUGAGCUGUUAAGACUUUAUGGUUUAUGGCCUCAGUCGCUGCUUUUGGGUCUUCUUGAAUUUGACGUUUAUUUAGUAAAUUAUGAUCCUCGUUAGAAAAACAAGGACAAACAAAUGCACCCGGUGAAAAUCAGGCCUACUUCAUGAUUGACAGGUCACUACCUAAAGGGGUUCAGCGUGACCUCGCCAAAACAUUCAGCUCGACAUAUCAGGACUUAAGGAACAAAUGGAUGAUGUCGACUACAUCCAUCUUUUACGCACACUUUUGGGCAGAGGUAGAGUUCGUCUGUCUUGGGAUGAAAUUUGACCGCUUUAAGGAGAAGACUGCUGUUAUUUAUAUUUCAGUGUCAACAGACCCCUCGACAAGCGGUACGUGUCAUAACUUCCUGCGCUUUACUGCUGGUUAUGAUUAAAGACGGCUGGAAAUGAGGCUCAUAAAUAUGCAGUUAUUUCUUAAAACAGCUGGGCAUGUAGUUUUCAGCAUACGCUACUCCAAAAGGAGGAGUGGAUUUGUUUAGUACUACUUUUCAGACGAGGAUUAAAAAAUUCUGUGAGUGUAGCAUUAAUUUAAAAUCCUCAAAAGGUUGAAAAUUGUGGCUCACUGGUGUGUUUUAGUUUUUAAAUCAACAAAAGUCCCACAAAUGACUCAAAAGUGAUUUGGUUAGUUCAGAUUAAUGCUUUUGUCUCCUGUGAGUGAUGCAGCACAACAACAUGUUUAAGCAGGAAGACUUUGUUGCUGUUUUUUGGGGGAUUGUUUUUUUUGUGGGGUUUGCGAAGAGAACUUUCAGCGUUUCCGUUCCUGUAGCUGUUCCUGCAGCCUCACCAGCACCUGCCUCAGUAGGUAAAUUACUUUAUUUUAAACAUUUUAACUGAAUUCAUUUUGAAUCGAAAUUGAGAGAGGAAACAUCUAAACAGUGUAAAUGUUUUCCUGUUGUCGUUGCUGCAACUGAAACCACGGCUCGCUCAGAUCAUAAAUAGCAGCAAAUAAAACAACAUCAAUAGAAAGACUUUAAUAGAGAACAUCACCUCACCGCCUGCUCUGUUAAGAAAGAACAGAUUUGAAAUAUAAAAAUGUAAACAAACUGGAAGUUUGCCAGAGCAGCCAUGUCCAGUGAAAUUCAACAUCUGGGCCUCACGUCUGACUGCUCAGUUCAAUUUUAAUCAGGCACUGAUUGUUACCUAAAAACACACCAACCACAAAUCAGCGUUCAGGUCGAGUAAAAAGAAUCCCAGUGAAGUAUUUUCAGCUUCAGAGCAGUAAAAAAACAGAAUGUAUUUCACCAUUUUUAGCGACACAAUGAGUGGCGGUUAGUUUCCGUACCCAAAGUGCAAGAAGCAGCCGAGGUCAGCGUCAGCUCGAGUUUCCCUGCUCGGAUCAAAUGAAAACUUUAUUCUGUAGUGCACAGCAGGGGCAUCCCAGAACCUGCUGCUUCAGCUGGCGUUUAUACACAUUGAAUCACAAACAUUUCAUUCCAGUUCUUUACAAAAACAGUCGUGUUGGCUUUUAUUUGCUUCAAACCUCAGCCUUCCUCUGCUGUAAAUGGCUCUCUGACUCUAGUCAAAGUUCUGAGGUUAAAGGUUAAUCUGAGUCUGACAGGACGAUGAUCUCGUCUGGGUCACACUGUGUCGCCACGUUGACCUGUAAUCACACAGACAGCAGCAUAAAGUAUUUACUCUUCUGGAGAAACACUCGGAGUAUCAGCAGAAUAAAAACAUCUUUAAAAACAUGUUGAUACCGGUGUGCCCACAUCACAUGACCAAUUUAAGGUGACGUGGCAACAAGACGCACCCUCGCUGAGCCUCAGUUGUUAACUUGUGUUAAAAGUGAAGACUUCAACUACGUUCCAGUUUUUAGUGUUGAGAGGCCAAAUAACACCAGAGUUAUGAUAAUUCACGCCGUGCUUUUCAACGCCCUUUACUAUUCAUGGAAAAAUUCACCUUGUCAGCCUAUCACAAAAUUAUAUGGCAACACACCAUUUGGUUGCUUAGUAACAGACGAAAGUUUUGAGAAAAUUGCUGCGAGAACAGCAAUUUUUGAGAUUUGUGGCAUUAAGCUCGUUUGGAGUGAAGUGGGGGGUUUUCUGCGUGUCUGUCAAAACAACGACGCAGCUACAGCUGGACAAAAAAACACCAAAGGCAGCCUUCAAUGUAAACACCGUCUCCAGGUGGACAACAGGAGGAGUGAUACACAUCCUGUUGUCAGGCCUGUGAUUUGCCCCUCUGUCUUGUGGGCAACAGGAACUAGUUUUCAGAGUGGCACAAAUAAUUUGUGUGAACAGAUACACACUUCUGAGUGUAAGUAGUUGGAUAAACAUGUUUAAAAAAUUUUUAAAAAAAAAAAAUAUAUAUAUAUAUUUUUUUUACAUGUAUGUAUAUUUAGACUUCAAGCUAUAAAAAUGAUUUGUUAAACAUUUAAACAUAUUUAGCAAAAACCUAUUUCACUUUUCACCACUUUGAGGUUUUAUUUUUGUGUGUUAUUUUAGGUCCAUUGUGUUGAUACAGUUUGUCAAAAUGACAAAAUAACUGUAAAUUCAGACACGUGAGGUGUUUUAUUCAAAGUGUCGUCCUCACUGCAUCGUUUCUAUCCUGAAACUCAGCUCCUCUGGUAUGACUCUAUUUGCCCCACCUUGUUUUUCUUCGGUGGCGGUGUCGACUGCGAGCUGCUGACCACUUCCUGCGUUGGCGUGUUUGCUCGAGUGGUCUCUGGAGAGUUGCAGCUCACAACGCCCAUAUCCAGAGGGAUGUCCGCAUCACUGAGGAGAAUGAAAGAGCCAAGAUCAACAAACAUACAGAGAAUAAAUGAACCCAGAGAAAUAAAACCAUGAACUCAA